GAGAAUGGCAUGACAUUUCUUCACUCGUUUGAUGAUCUGUCAUCAUUGCAGGACAUUCUAGCAUCGGGUUUGAGAUCUUGGAGGACUGCAGAAUGGCGGACAUAAUUGUGUGUGCGGUCGGAGGCGGUGGCAUCCUCGCAGGCUUAGCAGCUGCCAUCAAGCUGUCUGGUCACACCAGCUGCAGACUCUAUGGCGUGGAACCCACUGGAUCUCAGACCAUGUAUCAGAGUUUCCAGCAUGGCUGUCCCGUAGCAAUGCCCGUGAAGACAAUCGCCUCGGGGCUUGCACCACCAUUUGCAGGUCAACACACGUUCCUACACUGCCGGCAGUUUGUCGACGACAUUGUUCUCGUAGCGGACGAGGAGAUCAUCAGCGCCAUGUGGAAACUUUACGACGGCGGCCUGAAGGUGGAGCCAUCGGGCGCUGCCGCUCUCGCUGCCGUGCUCACGGGCAAGAUCCCAGACGUGUCCGGAAAGAAUGUCGUCGUGGUCGUAUCCGGUGGCAACGUAACUCCGGAGGAACUGUGCGGCAUGAAGUGACGUGGCUGGAAUCCCGAGGGUGGGUGGGGGGUGGGGCGCUCACCUUUUUUGGGGGUAGGGGUGCUCCACCUAAAUGGGAAAG